AUGUGGCAAGGUGGAGCUAAACGAACGAAGACCCUCCGCUAUCUGAAGGAGAUUUCGAGAAAGCCGCUGAUGCUCAAGGAUGUGAGCAACAUGAUCGCAAAAAUGCGCCGAAACUCGUAUACGUCGCCUGAUGAUAAUGUGUGCGUGAUGGAAGUGUUGCAAGAUUUCAGUGAGAGUCUUAGGAACUUGGCCAACAUAUUCCGUGAUGCCGAUACCAAGUUGACAAGUUGCAUCACAUUUCAGACGAACCACAUGAGACCUAUGACGCGGCUGUUUCCUGAGGUGAUGUGUGUCGAUGCAACCCACGGCACUAGCAUCAACAGGUGA